AUGAACGGCACAGCUUCGUCGAGCAUUAGAAGAAAAUCGGGCGCUGCUCCAACACCCCCCGAGGUUCACUUGCUGAGGUUUUGGGAGGUCAGAAAUGUGAGGAAAGAUGGUGAGCUCAUGAGUCUAGACAUGCUCCUCAUCGACGAGAAUUCGACGGUUAUUCAAGAUUCUGUUAAUGCGAACUGUCAAUUCAUGUUCAGGCAGCAUCUCAGCGAAGGGCCAGUCUACAAGUUGAGUGAGUUCGACGUAACGCGCAGCGAUCCUAAUUUCCGGAUGUAG